GCUAUUUUUAGUAAAUUCCCUUUUUAUUAAAAUCUUUCCCCGUGUGACGUUUCUAGACCUUCAUUUUAUUCAUUUUGCUUCACUUCGAAAGCACCAAAACGACGAAACCCUAAUCCCAAAUUUGUUUGCCCUUAUUGAAUUACAGGAAAAGGAAGUAUGGAUUCAAAUACCCAUGAAAUUGUUGAUCCAAAGGCGGAAUUUCGGAAGCCUUUGAAUGAUUCAGGUAACCGGAAGUACAGGCGCCGGUCUCCUCUUAAUGGGUCUUCAUCUUCAUCCGGUGGGAGUCCUGGCCGUGAGCGCAUCUCUAGUCCAAUCCGAUCAAGGAAGGUUGUCGAGGAAAUUGAUGGAGACAAGAGAAGAAGAGACGGGCAUAAGGACUUAGAUAAGGAUUUAAGUAGGAGUCAGCAUAGUCGCAGUGGUGAAUUACAUAAACAUUCAGAUCGACAGUCAUCUAGGAAUUCCCAUAGUUAUCAUACACAUGAUGAUUACAGGAGACGAGAUAAGCAUGUGGAUGACUAUGAUAGAGAUUACCCUAAAUCAUCCUCUCGUUCUGAUCGGAACUCACGUGAUUAUUAUAAUUCGAAUCACUCAAGUCGGGAUUAUGAGCAUCGGUCCAGAGAAUAUUCACGUGAUGUUGACAAAUAUUCUCGAGAAAAAUCUGACAAUUUGGGCCAUAGAAGCAGGGAUAAAGAUAAAGACUCAUCAUCUGACAGAGCUGGAUCUGGUAGGAGAUAUACCAGCUUUGAGGAGGGUAAGUUUGGGGAGAGGUACAGACAUAGAGAGGAUAGAGAUGGCCGGGAUGGGAAGGCGGACCAUAGAAGGGGUUUAGGAGAUUACAGAAAUGAUCGUCUAAAAGAAGCUUCUAGGAGAGAGACUAAGGAAUUCGAUGGUGAGAAGUACACCAUAGAGGAAACGAAGAGGUUUGAUGAUAGAGAUAAGUACAAGGAGCAACAUUCUGAAGAACCAGAGGAGCAUUCUGAAGAUAGAAAGGCUUUGUCCAGCAAAGAUCAGGAGCCCAUUGCUAAGAAGCCAAAGUUAUUUAGCUCCGAUAGCGCAGGUUCUGGAAAAGCUAACUUAGCUGAUGGUCAGUCUUCAAGCUCAAAGCAAGCGCAAGUGUCUUCUGGAAAAGUUCCCUCAGAGCAGGCCUACGUCACAGAUUCUGAUAUUGAUGCUGCAAAAACUGCUGCUAUGAAAGCUGCUGAACUAGUUAAUAAGAAUUUGGUUGGAACUGGAUACAUGUCUACUGAUCAAAAGAAGAAGCUGUUGUGGGGCAACAAGAAGAGCACAACAACAGAAGAGUCUGUUCACAAUUGGGAUACGGCAACAUUUGGUGAUCGGGAACGGCAAGAAAAAUUCAACAAGCUCAUGAGUCUGAGGUUGCCUUGGUACCAUCCAAUUGUAGGGUGUGAAAGGGGAUGCGAAAGUGGAGCAAAAGCAAGACAACGAAGAUGUGGAGAAGCAAAGGGAGAAGCUCCAAUUGGAUCUCGAGAAGCAAUACACUGCUGGAUUGCGUCGAAGGGAUGGUCGGACAGUUGGUUUGGGUCUUUAAGAAUUUACUCUCGAACUUGUAUUAGUGGAUUUUAUGUGUUUUUGUUAUGUUUUGCGUGUAGAUCAUUUGUUGCUUCGUCGGUUAUCCUUUUUCCCUUAGCAUGUUGGUGUGUGAUCAAUACGAUAAAUUGGAGAUUAUGUUGGGAGUCUUUAGCCAUGUCAACAACUCUAUCUUCUAUUUUACUCGAUGCAUAUAUCCAAUUCUUCACGCUUGAAAUAACUAGAUGUUCCGUUUUUGUUAAAAUGCUUAGUCUAUGUUCCAAUUAAUUAUUUCCGAAGUUA